CGUCACGCGCGUAGCGGAAGUGGAGAGACGCGUGUAAACAGACCGUUGACCAGCGCGUGAAGAUGGGCUCGGUGGUGAAGUGUGUGUUUCUGGCCGCUGUCUGCAGUGUGUGUCAGUCGCUGCAGGGCGGGAUGCUGUUUCCCAUUGACUCUCCCACCAGAGAAGUGAAGGAUGUGAGCGGCCUGUGGAGGUUCAGAGCGGAUCUUUCUCCUGAGCGGAACCGCGGCUUUCAGCAGGAGUGGUUCAAGCGUCCACUGGCGGAGACGGGUCCAGUGAUUGACAUGCCGGUGCCGUCCAGCUACAACGACAUCACACAAGAUUCCAAAAUCAGGGAUUUCAUUGGCUGGGUGUGGUAUGAGAAGGAAGUGUGGGUGCCCAACCGCUGGAUCCAGGACCAGGGAACACGGAUCAUGCUCCGAGUUGGAAGUGCGCACUAUUAUUCUGUGCUUUGGGUGAACGGGGUCAAGAUGACUGAACACGAGGGCGGACAUCUACCCUUUGAGGCGGACGUCGGCGGCGUCCUGCGUCAGAGCACCGGAAGCACAUGUCGAAUCACCAUUGCAGUGAACAACACUUUAACUCUAGAGACGCUUCCACCAGGAACCAUCCAGUACAUGAACGACCGCACCAGAUACCCCUCUGGUUACUUCAUUCAGAACAUUAACUUUGAUUUCUUCAACUAUGCUGGAAUACACCGAUCGGUCCUGCUGUACACGACACCAAAGGUGCACAUUGAUGACAUCACAGUGGAGACGACAUUCUCUGAUAACAUUGGGCUGGUCAGUUAUGAUGUGUCCGUGUUGGGCAGCUCUAAACCUGCUGUGAAAGUGACGCUCUCUGCAAAGGACGGCAGAUGCGUGGCUUCAGCUAAUGGCUCCAGAGGAGCGCUCAAAGUCACAGACGUCAACCUCUGGUGGCCGUACCUGAUGCACGAAAACCCAGGAUACCUUUACUCCAUGGAGGUUCAGGCCACAUCAGAGGAUGGACAGACGGACGUUUACACUCUUCCUGUGGGUAUUCGUACGGUUCAAGUCACCAGCACGCAGUUUCUCAUCAACAACAAGCCGUUCUACUUCCACGGGGUCAACAAGCACGAGGACGCAGACAUCCGGGGGAAAGGCUUCGACUGGCCUCUGAUCGUGAAGGAUUUUAACCUGAUGAAGUGGAUGGGAGCCAACUCCUUCCGCACCAGCCACUAUCCCUACGCCGAGGAGAUCCUGCAGAUGGCCGACCGUCACGGCAUCGUGGUUAUAGACGAGUGUCCUGGAGUGGGCAUCAGAGACAUAAGGAGUUUCGGGAACGCUUCUCUGGCUCAUCACCUGAUCGUCAUGGAGGAGUUGGUCAGACGUGAUAAAAACCAUGCCUCUGUGGUCAUGUGGUCUGUGGCCAAUGAGCCUGCAUCUGAAAUGCCGCCCGCGGGACUCUAUUUCAAGGAACUCGUGUCUCAUACGAAAUCUCUGGAUUCCUCCCGGCCGGUCACAUACAUCACAAACAGUAACUACGCCAGAGAUUUAGGGGCCCCGUAUGUGGACGUUAUUUGUGUAAACAGCUAUUUCUCGUGGUACCAUGACCCGGGUCACACAGAGGUCAUCGGUCUUCAGCUCACCACUCAGUUUGAUAACUGGUAUGGGAAAUACCAGAAGCCCAUAAUCCAGAGCGAGUACGGAGCGGACGCCGUGCCCGGCCUACACAGUGAUCCACCCAUGAUGUUCACAGAAGAGUAUCAGAAGACGGUCCUGCAGAACUACCACGACGUGUUUGACCAGAAGAGGAAGGAGUUCGUCAUCGGAGAGCUGAUCUGGAACUUUGCCGACUUCAUGACGGCUCAAACCAUCGCUCGGUGGUCGGGAAUAAGAAAGGAGUCUUCACUCGGCAGCGGCAGCCCAAAGCCGGAGCGUUUCUCCUGCGGGAGCGAUACUGGAGGAUCGCCAAUGAGACAGGUGUGCUGCCCACCUGGGCCAGGUAUCCCUGCCAGUGAGCGGAUUAACUGCUUCCUGUGUACGCUGGAAAACAGGAAGAGCAGUGGAAAUGGCGUGCCUUAUACUUCCUACACUAUGACAAUCACACAGAUCCUUCUGCUCAUAUAUGAUCACAUCUGCUCUAAUGCUGUGAUUGUGUGAUGAAUCCAUGUGAUCUUUGUAAAGACUCUCAACUUUAAUUGCAAAUGUUCAUGUUACUGAAACACAGCAACACCUUUAAACUGGAAUUUUUUUAUUAAUUUUUUUUAUUAAACUGGAACAGGAAGUGCCUUGUGCAGGCGUUCAGCCUCUGGGAAUGAUAUUGAACGAGUUGUCUGUGUGCGAGUGACCAGUGUUGUGUUGAUUUGUAUGACAGUAGCUUCAAAACCUUUGCGAAUCGUUUGUUUCGAACCAGUGAUUCAGAGUGUGUAUCAAACUACCAAAGUCAUGUGAUUUCAAUAAACAAGGUUACGAAACAUUUACAAAUUUCAGUGGUUCACCACUAGGAUGAUCUCUCUUAACCAUAGACUGAACCCACAAACCAGUGUCUAUAUAUGGUUUUUAGGAAGUUUUUAUAAAUUUGAUGACAUUUUUAAUGACACAUUUGUAAAUUAAAAAGGAAGAGUUUGAGUUAUUGGCCUGAUUAACCAAGCUCUCCAUCAAACAAACCCUACGAUUUAAUAAAAUAACACAUAUUUUACAGAUAAAUAAAAGAAAAACAAAUGAAACAUUUGCAGUUGGUUUGUUAAAGGCGUUUUUGUUGCAUUUACACUGUUUUGAUCAGCUGGGGUCACCAGUGAGUGGCGUUUCGCUUGAUUCGAAACAGUCAAUUAUUUUGCGAAGUGAUUCAAAGUUUCGCUAGUUAAAUGUUCAAUGAUCGUGUCAGCUUACAUGAGCGCUUGUUUCUGCUUCUUCUUUACCUGUGUUUUGAUCCAGAGAUUCUGUACUCUUUCAGAAGAUGUGUAAUAGCGCCCCCUAACGUAUAACACUGAAAACAUGGAUUGCCGGAAAAUUCUGUCAAUGGCGGGGAAAGAGUUAAUUACUUUAUAAUGAGGAAUUCAAUGAAUCCUUUGUUUUGUGGACAUUCCACACCUUUCCAGCAAUGUCAUCAAAAUAAACAACAUUCCACAAGAAA